GAGUCUGGAUCAGACGCUGGCUCCACAAGUGACGAGGAUGGGUCCACUGCCUCUGCGCAGGAAGAGGUGGAUGCGCGGCUGCCUCAUCCGAAGGUUCCUUUGGCCGACUUGAGCCAUCAUGGUGAGAGGAUGAUGCAGGACACGCAGGUGGAUGAGAUGUCGGAGACCGAUGAGGAGGUGAAGGCUUUGGAGGCUGACCAGCUGGAUGCCUCGGAGGAUGAGCCAGAGGAAGCGCAACCAGAUCUCGAGGUGAAGGCUUCAGAAGCUGAUGAGCCGGAAGUCUCUAAAAGUGAGUCGGAGGAGGCGCAGCCAGAUUCACAGGCUGAUGAGACGGAUGUCUCUGAGGAUGAGCCGGAGGAGGUGCAGUUAGAGGGGAAGGCUUCAGAAAAAGCUGAUGAGCCGGGAGUUGCUGAGGAUGAGCAGCCAAAGGAGAAGGCGUCGGACGCUGACCAGCCGGACGUCCCUGAGGAUGAGUCAGAGGAAGCCCAGCCAGCUGAUGAGCCGGCCAUCUCUGAGGAUGAGUCAGAAGCGCAGCCAGAGGUGAAGGCUUCAGAAGAAGCUGAUGAGCUGGAUGUCUCUGAGGAUGAGUCGGAGGAGGUGCAGUUAGAGGAAGCGCAGCCAGAGGUGAAGGCUUCAGAAGAAGCUGAUGAGCCGGAUGUCUUUGAGGAUGAGUCGGAGGAGGUGCAGUCAGAGGAAGCGCAGCCAGAGGUGAAGGCUUCAGAAGAAGCUGAUGAGCCGGAUGUCUCUGAGGAUGAGUCGGAGGAGGUGCAGUCAGAGGAAGCGCAGCCAGAGGCGGCUGAUGAGCCGGACCUCUCUGAUAAAGCGCAGACAGAGGUGAAGGCUUCAGAAGCUGAUGAGUCGGAUGUCUCUGAGGAUGAGUCAGAGGAAGAGCAGCCAAAGGUGAAGCAUUCAGAAGCUGAUGAGCCGGACGUCUCUGAGGAUGAGGAUGAGUCAGAGGAAGCGCAGCCAGAUGUGAAGGCUUCAGAAGAAGCCGGUGAGCCGGACGAGGAUAAGGCUUCAGAAGCUGAUGACUCUGAGGACGAGGAUGAGUCAGAGGCGCAGCCAAAGGCUUCAGAAGAAGCUGAUGAGCCGGAAGUCUCUGAGGAUGAGUCAGAGCAAGCGCAGCCAGAGGUAGAAGAAGCUGAUGAGCCGGACAUCGCUGAGGAGAAGGCGUUGGACGCUGACCAGCCGGACGUCUCCGAGGGCGAGUCGGAUCUUGAGGUGAAGGUUUUAGAGGCUGAUGAGCCUGAAAGUGCUGUGUUCGACAGUGCUAAGCGCCGACGGGCAGCUUUAAUGGAGUGUGACCGGCAGCCUGACUCCCGGGAAAUGGAGAGCUUGUUGGGCACACAGCCCACUUUGCUUCUGGGACAGUGGGGGUCGGACGUCUCUGAGGGUGAGUUGGAGGAAGCACAGCCAAAGCUGAUGGCUUCGAAUUCGGAUGAUGAGAUGGAUGUCUCUGAGGGUGAGUCGGAGGAGGAUUGGCCGAAGGUCAAGACUGGCGAGCCAGACAUCUCGGAGGAUGAGUCGCAGCCGGGAGCAAUGGCUUCUCAGGAUGACGGGGCCGACAUCUCCACCAUCCACACCAAGGAAGUGCAGCCAGAGGCAAUUGCUUCGCAGAAUGAUGAGCCAGAGGUCUCAGAGGAUGAAGCGCAGCAGCCGGUGGUCUCCGAGGGUGAGUCGGAGCCGGCGGAGGCACUUGGGGAGGACGGGCCAGAUAGCUGCAAGGAGGAAGCCAAGCCAAAGGAUCCAGCCAAGAAGCAGCUGGCAUCCCUUGUGGAAACAGUGCCUGCCGAGGACUACACGAACAGCGCAUUGCAAGUGGUGAUCGGUCGUGUGCAGCAAGAGGCUUUGUCGAGGGCCCUAGGACCAGACUAA